AUGUCUCGGGAUCGUUUGCGCAGGAGCCAUCCGAUAGUCCUUGUCAAGUACAACUUCAGUAUGGGAGCUAAUUCCACAACGCGGGUAACACGACUACAAUUAUUUGAUACUGGCAUGUGCAUUUGGCCGCUACCGACUUCAAAUCUCGAGGCGAAAGCAUCAAUUAACCCAUUACCGGUGGUUGCAUUACGGAGUCCCAUUUCAAGCUUCGACUCAACCGGUGAACCACCGCGAGUCUGCAUUGAUUUCGAUCUGAACCAGGAUCUGAACCACUUGGGCCAGCCUCGAGACUCGGAGUUGCAGCCAUCACCUGAAUUCGAAGGCUCCCUCAAAGUCACGAUCGAAAGAGCCAGAACUUCAAGUUGUUCAACGACUCAGAGAUGUCUCAUUGGAGUAGCAGCUACUCGGGCCACCCUGAGGACCAUUUUCAAAGUCAUAGUGACGGUCCAAGUGCCCCAUCAAGCUCCUUACCGCCGCCUCAACCGUUGCAACGGGACACAGGUAACCGGGCCAUCCAAGGUGGGCCCAUGGGUGGGUGGGAGCGGGUGGGCCCACAGUGCAGAAAUCACCGACACUGGCGGCUGGGCUGAGGCCUGCAUGCUUGAGGGUGAGAAUGGGCCAGGCGGAUUUGCGAAAAUUGUGACGGAUGGGCCCAGCCCGCAUGGUGAGAAUGGGCCAGGCGGAUUUGCGAAAAUUGUGACGGAUGGGCCCAGCCCGCAUGUAUGGCAAUGGAUGGGCCCAAAAUGUGUGACCGGGUGGGCCUGCAUGCCUAAGGGUGAGAAUGGGCCAGGCGGAUUUGCGAAAAUUGUGACGGAUGGGCCCAGCCCGCAUCUUGUAGGCAUGCUCGGGAACAAGGGCAAUGGAUGGGCCCAAAAUGUGCGACCGGGUGGGCGUGCAAUGCCCGAGGAUAGGCCCAGCGGAUUGCAUGUAAUCUUGAAAAUCACCACGGAUGGGCCCACCAUGGAUUUCAUCUCAGAAAAGGCAAAUUGGGCCAGUGCAUAUGCAGAUGCGGUCUCGGAAACAGUGACGGAUGGGCCCAGUCCGCUGUGUUUGAACUCGGAAAAGGCAACGGACGGGCCCAGUCCCCCAUGGAUAGAAUAA